CCUGUGUGCUCUUCCAGGCUCUCCGAACCGGACCCCAGCCACACGCUAGAGGAGAGAGUGGUCCACUGGUACUUCAGACUGCUUGAUAAAAAUGCCAGCGGGGACAUCGGCAAGAAAGAGAUUAAGCCCUUCAAGAGGUUCCUUCGGAAAAAAUCCAAACCCAAGAAGUGCGUGAAGAAGUUUGUGGAGUUCUGCGACGUGAACGACGACAGAUCCGUCUCCCUGCCGGAGCUGAUGGGCUGUCUGGGUGUGGCGAGGGAAGAAGGACGGACCCCCGCAAAGCGGCGUCCCGCCCCUAGAGGUAAUGCUGACAGCACUUCUAAUAGACAGCCAAGAAAGCAAGGAUAAGUGGCUGGAGCAUCCAUGGCGGUCCCUCAACACGUGGGAGACUCCCUCACCAAAAAGCAAUUAAAAACCAAAAACAAAACACAUAGUAUUUGCACUUUGUACUUUAACUGUAAAUUCACUUUGUAGAAAUGAGAUAUUUAAACAGACUGCUUUCAUCUGUGAAAACGGAAGGGCUGGCUUCAGAAAAUUAACCACAUACAAUGUAUGUGUCCUUCUGUGACCUUCAAAAUCUGUAGUUGGUGGAGAUGUAUUUGAAAUGGAUUCAAGCUUAAUUUCUUCAUCCGACACGUGUUAACGUAGCAGAAACCUUAGCCUCAGGGGCCCCGGCUCCAGCCCUGAGCCCCCCCCCCAACUAGGGGUCCUGCCAGGUUUGCUUCGGAAUCAACUGUCCCGACAGCAUUGCUGAACGGGUGCUGGAAGCGUUGAUUCCGGAGAGGUUUGGGAUCUACAGCCGUUCUCAUCACACAGUUCACACGCACAUGGGUUUGUCUGCUUCUUGGGGUUCCGUGUUGACUUGUUUUGUUCCGCUUUUCCCGAGCUCUCCCUCCCCCCGUGAGCUGGCCAACCACUAUGCAGUCUUUACAGGGAGCUCCCUGGAAGAGAAGAGUAUUUUUCAAACUGUUUGUAGAAGAGUUGGUGCUGGCUUUUCCACUUCAGGCUUCUGUUUGAGUUGUGCCUUGGGCGCAGAUUAUUCACGCAGUAAAAUGCUCCAGAAUUAAUUCUGCAUCCGGAGGCAGCGUAAAGCGGCCUGUCAUUCAGAAAAGCAAAUUUAAUCAUGACCUGACCAAGCCAGCUAAACGCGCUUGUCAGCCUGCUUUCACUUGGACGCCCGGCCCCUGCCCAUCCUACCGUGGUCCCCGGGGGUCGCUGGGAGGUAAAACUAGGCCCUGAGCAAACUCUGAGCAGCCUCCUCAGAGGAGGCACAGCCAGGAUAAGCUGUGCUGGGUGUUGGUCUUGGCCGCCAGGGACAAGUGCCCGUGGUCCCCUGCGUCCCCUCGUGCUCCUGGAAGUCAUCUGAGUAGGGCUUGAGAGGGACGGGUGGGGACCUGUGAACACCAGAACUGGCCCGCGUGGGAGCCGACCGCCCCCUCAGAGCUGGACCUGGGCAUCCCUGAGCGAGCAGGCACCCACCGGCUCCACAGAGCAUCGGGGCGACGGCCCCAGAGCUGAGGGGCGAGUCGCAAUGCUGUCUCAGCUCUAGCUUUGGGUUGCAAAACAAAAGUCUCCCUGGCCCCGAAUCCCCCAACACCGGCCUGUAAAGUGCUCUGUGAACCCGCAUGAGGACAUUUUGCGAGGUGUCUUCCUUAUUUAAACUGCAUGAAACUGAAAACGGAAACUUGGGAGCCACAAGACCAGCUCAAGUGGGUGUCAUCAUUGUUUAAGGAGCAGUUACGAUCCUAAGUUUAUGGGAUAAUCUUUUAUAUUCUGAACUUUGAAUUUAAUCAUUUUUCUUAGAUGGAAAUAAAGUACGCUUUCAGAACCAUC